AUGGCGUCAUCCAAUCUUUUCAGGCCGAUUACUGUUGGCAACACCAAGCUACAACACCGAAUUGUCAUGGCCCCUUUGACACGCUUUCGAGCAGACGAGAACAAUGUCCCGCUUCCCAACAUGCUAGAGUAUUACACCCAAAGAGCCAGCACGCCGGGCACACUCAUCAUCGCCGAAGCGACACAAAUUUCCCCACGGCACUGCGGCGGCGCCAAUGCUCCUGGCCUGUGGAACGCGGCCCAAGUUGCUGCGUGGAGGAACAUCACCGACGCCGUCCACGCGCGCGGCUGUGCCAUCUACUGCCAUUUGUGCGCACCUGGCCGUGCCGGUCGCUUGGACGGCUAUCCGCUGUACAGCGCGAGCGCCGUGCCCAUGGAAGCCGGCGCGACUGUGCCGCAGGCAAUGACGGAGCAGGAGAUUUGGGCCUGCGUGGAGGACUUUAGGACGGCGGCGGCCAAUGCCAUGGAGGCGGGCUUUGACGGUGUCGAACUCCAUGGCGCCAACGGGUAUCUGCUCGAUCAGUUCAGCCAAAGCACCUGCAACGUCCGCGACGAUGGCUGGGGCGGCUCCGUCGAAAACAGGGCCAGAUUCAUACUGGAGGCGACCAAGGCAGUCACCGAAGCCAUUGGCAGCGACAAGACAGGCGUGCGACUAAGUCCAUGGAGUACAUUCCAGGGCAUGAAAAUGGGCGUCCCCCACGCGCAGGAGCAGUUUUCGUACAUCAUCGGGCAGUUGAAGAAGCUGCCGCUCUCGUAUCUGCACCUCAUCGAGUCGCGAGUUGUCAACAGCUCCGACUGCGAGAAAAAGGAAGGCUUGGAAUUUGCUUUUCGAAUCUGGGAUAACCACUCGCCCGUCCUAGUCGCCGGUGGCUUCAACAGCGAGACGGCUCGCUCCGCCGUCGACGAGGAGUACAAGCAGUACAGCGCUCUUGUCGUGUUCGGGCGCUAUUUUGUUUCCACGCCCGACUUGGUAUUUCGUCUGAAGCACCAGCUCGAGCCCAACGCAUAUGAUCGUUCCACCUUCUACACCCCUAUGCAGAGCAGGGGCUACACGGACUAUCCGUUUAGCGACCAGUUUUUGGCUCAGUGCAAAGCAUAG